AUGACAAUUCUUUGCAGUGUGAUUUCGGAUUAUCUUAGAACGGGGGCAUUGAGUUUCUUUGGUGCAAUGCUGGCCGAUCCAAGAGCUCGGGUGACAACUACUUCCGUCUUCCAAUUUGACAUACAACGUUUGGCAUCAAGCUUGUACUCCGCUCUGUGUGGACGGCUGUGCUCUGCCUGCUAUGAUUACAAUUUUGAUUCAAGCAUCGCCCGUACGCGAGGUGUCUACAAUCAGCCCUGGUGUCACCACGCUGCAAAGCUUCCACGAUUGAUUAUGCGAAAAGGCCUCAGCACUUCAUCAAUGUUGGAACGAAGAGAUGUAACAUCACAGGCCAACUGUUCCAGUGGAUUUGACUGGAUGAACAACUCGCUGAAUCCGCGUCAGAGCCCGUGUUUCGUUGCUGCCUAUCUCCGCAGUCCAUGCAGUCGUGAUGGAAGCGCCAAUGUUGGUCCAUUACCAGAACCCGGUUCUUACCAAGCCCCGGCGGCAAAUAAAUGUCUGUGCUCUUGGGCCGAUCUCAGCAUGUGCUGUUUGCCAAAAUGUUCAACCAGAUAUAACAGAAGACAAUCGGAACCCUCCGUUCGGCGGUACAAACCAUUCAAAACAAAGACAAUUGUUGGUGCCGUCGUUGGCGGUGUAGCUUUCUGUCUCAUUGUCGCAGGGCUUUCGAUUGGAACGAAAAAGUCGAACUACUCGGGGCAAAUUUACUCGUGGUCACAAGGUUAUAAAAAACUUUCAUCAAAGAAAGAACUAGUACCGAUAAUUCGUUGA